AUAUCAUCCGCUAGUCAAAUAAUCAAUAUACUACGUAGCAUUCGUUAAGAGAUAGCUAAAAACUAGCUCUGAUUGCGAUCGUCUUUCGGUUGCCAAUGCAUUCGCGAACUCAUAAUGGGAUAAUCUAAUGGGACAACUUAUCAUCCGGGGGAGAUAAACCUCGGAUCCGGGCAGCCUUUCCGCUUUGGUCUUGGCGUCACGCAUCGCUUGGUUUGCCUGUUCGCCUGUCUCUCAACCUGAACGAAGGUACCUCUUUCACGGCCUGUGCAGUAGCCUCGGAGUAUCAAGCGACAAGAUGGCAUCUAAGAAGGAUAUGCGGAGGUUGGACCUCGCCAUCCCCUACAUCGACCCUCCCAAGAGCAAGGAUGAGGCCGACAUGUCUAGCGCCAUGUCCAGCACCAUGCCUAUGGCUGCGAUGUUCACCAGGAAUAGGGUCUCCUUCGUUUUCUCGCUUCAGUCCUGGCUCGGUGAGACUCCAGACCAGAAGAGAACUGCUUCGACUCCGGCCUACAUGUCCGUCUUGAUGUCCUUGAUGGCUUUGGUGGUUGUAUACCCCUUCGCCGAAGCUGACGAAGACACCGGCGAGACUAAACAGUCUCAAAAUUACAUCCAUAUACGGAUUCAACAGCGCAAUGGUCGUAAGACCUUGACUACCGUCCAGGGUCUUCCUAAGAAGUUCGAUCAGAAGAAGAUCUUGAAGGUCAUCAAGAAGAAGUUCGCCUGCAAUGGCACCAUCGUCAACGACACUGAGAUGGGAGAGGUGAUUCAGCUGCAGGGAGAUCAGCGUAAAGAUGUUCAGGAGUUCUUGACCGACAAGAAGGAGGGUCUCGAGCUGGACGCCAAGACCAUCAAGGUCCACGGUUUCUAA